GUAAGUGCUCAUUUGGACUGUACAGCACGCACAACAUCAGUGUGUUGGGAGCAGAGUGAAGGUGCAGUGUUCUACACGGCCAUUGCAGAAGGAAUGGAAGGAGACAGAUACUCGUGCAAUGCAACAGCGGCAAACUGUGAGAUCCUGGGCCUCCCAUGUGGCCAGAUGUACGGCAUAACUGUGUUAGCAAUGGACGGGAAAUGCACCAGUUUACCAAGUCCAGCUUUUGAAAUUCAAGCAGAACCUUGUAUCCCACAGAGAGUGGUUGCUCACAUCAACUGUGAAAAUAACACCAUCUCAGUGUUUUGGGAUCCCAGCAACGGUUCAGAGUCAUACCAUGUAACAGCACAAGGAAUCAAUGGCCAUUGGGCCUCCUGCAAUACAACAGGCACUGAAUGUGAGGUCUCUGAUGUGCACUGUGGACUGAACUACUAUAUAACUGUAGAGGCAAUCCGCAUGGGGUGUAACAGCUCACAAAGCUCUGCUUUAACAGUUAAAACAGUACCGUGUGUGCCCCAGAAUGUUGACGCUCACAUGGACUGUGAUGCUGGACAUAUGUCGGUCUCCUGGGAGUUCAGUGAAGGUGCAAUAUCAUACAUGGCUACUGCAGAAGGGAGCAAUGUGCAGCAAUGCAGUGCCAAUGAUACACUGUGUGAUAUCACCGACCUACACUGUGGAGAGACCUACACCCUCUCAGUUUUUGCGAUUGAUGACAGCUGUGACAGUGCUGAAAGUCCUUCCAUCACAAUGAGAACAGUUUCGUGCAUCCCACAGAAUCUUGAUGUCCAGUUGGACUGUGACACGAACGAUGCCUCUGUGCUGUGGAGCCACACUAAAGGUGCCGUGUCUUACUCCGCCACAGCAGAAGGAAGCAAUGGGCACGUGACUGCCUGUGAGACAGUCAAUACAGAAUGUCAAAUACCCAGCCUACACUGUGGACAGGUGUAUAAUGUAACGCUGACAGUACUGGACGGUGGAUGUGACAACUCACAAAGCUCCCAGAUUGUAUUGAACACGGCACCUUGUGCACCAGAGGACAUCUCCACCAGUCUGAACUGUGACACCAAGAGUACAUCAGUGGCCUGGGAGGAGAGUGAUGGGGCGAUGUGGUACAUUACAACAGCAGAAGGACAAGAUGGACACAUUUCACUGUGUAACACAACGUGGACAAGCUGCGAAUUCAUGGACCUGCACUGCAGUCAAACGUACUCACUAACUGUAACAGCGAUGGACAGUUACUGUCAGAGUGUAAACACCUCCGUCUUUGAAGCUGAAACAGCCCCUUGUCCCCCUCAGAACGUACAUGCUGAUAGUGUUGCCGUCACUGCCUUUGUAACAUGGGAGUUGAGUAACCUCACAGUGUGGUACACUGCAACAGCAGAGGGCAGCGAUGGACACACGGCCACUUGUACCACGUCCGACACAAACUGUCUAAUCCCAGAUCUUCACUGCAGCCAAACGUACAUCAUCUCCGUCCUCGCAUUUGGUGAAACCUGCAGCAGUCUCCAAGGCUCCAGUUAUGAAAUUUAUACAGCCCCUUGUGCCCCAGAUGAAAUUAUCACCAAUGUGGAUUGUACCUCCAAUAGAGUGGUGGUAUCUUGGGGAAGAACUGAUGGGGCGAUCUCGUACGAUGUAACAGCUGAAGGAAGUGAUGGGCACAUACACUCAGACAACACCACAGAAACACGCUAUGAAAUGCUGGAUUUACACUGUGGACAAUCCUAUAACAUAACCGUAACAACUCUGAGUUACAGCCGGCACGGCAUUUCAACUACUUCUGUACAAAUACAAACUGUCGCUUGUGAUCCUCAUAAUGUCAAAGCACAACUGGACUGCAACGUCAAUACAGCAUUGGUAAUGUGGGACUACACUAAAGGAGCACUGUGGUACACUGCCGUUGUGGAAGGUGCUGAUGGGAACAAUGUCUCGUGCAGCACAUCAGAAACAUCCUGUAGAACACCCGCGUUACUCUGUGGCCAGUUAUAUUCUGUACAUGUUGUAGCAUCGGACAGGACUUGUAACCACUCUGUGAGUUCUUCAACUGAAAUUCAGACAGCUCCCUGCAGUCCCCAGAAUGUAAGUGCUUAUUUGGACUGUACAGCACGCACAACAUCAGUGUGUUGGGAGCAGAGUGAAGGUGCAGUGUUCUACACGGCCAUGGCAGAAGGAAUGGAAGGAGACAUAUACUCGUGCAACACAACUGAAGCAAACUGUGAGAUCCUGGGCCUCCCAUGUGGCCAGUGGUACAAUGUAACUGUGUUAGCAAUGGACGAGAAUUGCACCAGUUUACCAAGUUCAGCUGUAGAAAUUCAAACAGAACCUUGUAUCCCACAAAAUAUGUUCGCUCACAUCAACUGUGAAAAUAACACCGUAUCAGUGUUUUGGGAUCCCAGCAACGGCUCAGAGUCAUACCAUGUAACAGCACAAGGAAUCAAUGGCCAUUGGGCCUCCUGCAAUACAACAGGCACUGAAUGUGAGGUCUCUGAUCUGCACUGUGGACUGAACUACUAUAUAACUGUAGAGGCAAUCCGCAUGGAGUGCAACAGCUCACAAAGCUCUGCUUUAACAGUUAAAACAGUACCGUGUGUGCCCCAGAAUGUUGACGCUCACGUGGACUGUGAUGCUGGACAUAUGUCGGUCUCCUGGGAGUUCAGUGAAGGUGCAAUAUCAUACAUGGCUACUGCAGAAGGGAGCAACGUGCAGCAAUGCAGUGCCAAUGAUACACUGUGUGAUAUCACCGACCUGUACUGUGGAGAGACCUACACCCUCUCAGUUUAUGCGAUUGAUGACACCUGUGACAGUGUUGAAAGUCCUUCCGUCACAAGGAGAACAGCCUCGUGCAUCCCACAGAAUGUCCAUGUACAGUUGGACUGUGACACAAACGAUGCCUCAGUGCUGUGGAGCCACACUAAAGGUGCAGUGUCUUACUCUGCCACAGCAGAAGGAAGUGAUGGGCACACAGUUUCCUGUGUGACGGAUAAUAGGGAAUGUCCGAUAACUAACCUACAAUGUGGACAGGAGUAUAAUGUUACUCUGACAGCACGGGACGGUGUGUGUGACAACUCACAAAGCCCUCAGAUUGUAUUCCACACUGGUAAGUCUCUUGUCUGGAAUGGAUAG